AUGGGACAGGAACCCGAAAUUGUAGAGGCACACGAGGAGGAGAGACCAACAGACAGCCAUCACCUGGCAGACAUGGCCUCCAAGGAGAAGCCGAUCGAAGAGAGGGGACACGCCGAGCUUGACCACGAUCAUGUUGAAGUGAAGAAUUUAGGAUGGAACAACCCACCGAGCAAGGUUGCGCAGCCCAUGGUUGGUGGUUUGAGUAACGAGGAGCUCUGGAUCCUAGUCCGACGAUUUGACAAGCAAAUCUUCCACGUCAAAUCGAUAUCCGAGCCACCGCUUGCAAACCUGGAUAUGAACAUCGCCGACGAGGAGGAGUUCUCGCCUGACAAACUCCGCGCCCAUGUAGAGCGCUUGUACAUGACCGUCGUUGUUGGCUUAUUCUCCUUCUGGAAGCAUAUUGUUCGCCUCCGUUCAUGGCGCGAAUACAAGCGCACCUCACUCUUUCUCGCAGUCUACUCCAUCGCCUGGAUCCUCGAUUUCGUCGUUCCCGUCCUCGCUAGCUUCCUUAUCGUUCUUGUCCUCGUCCCACAAUCACGAGACUUUUGUUUCCCUCCCGCCCCCGCUUCCCUCAUCGACAGCAAAACCGGCGGCGUCAAAAAACCCGCAUCCGGCGUCCUCGCAUCCGAUGACUCGAUCACCGGCGCACCCGAGAAACAUGCCGGAGAGGCCGUGGAACAAGAGGCGUCGAGCUUCGUGAACAGCAUCUCAUCGCUGAUCAUCAGCACGGCGGCGGGAAAACAUCCUCAAGGCGAUCCCCACGACGACUCUUCUGUCCCCGACCCUACUAACAUUACCCAAGAUGUCGUCAAUGCCAAGGAUAAAACGGACGGCAAGGAGCCUACCCCCCACCACGACAAGACCAAGAAGCCUGUUCACGAGUCCGUCUGGAUCAAGGCUAGGCCUGUGAUGCAUGGCAUCGCCGACUUUGUCGAUACCUGGGAGCGUUUCGGAAACGCUCUGAGUCCAACCCCACCUUUUCCCCAUCAGAGACCUCGUCUCGUCCUUGCCAGCGUUAUCUUGCCACUGCUACUCGUCUCUUUGUUCACAACCUCGUACAUGCUGGUCAAAGGUACCGGUUUUGUGGUUGGAUUCACCGUCUUUGGAGACCCCAUCAUCCAAAGAGGCCUGGUGUUUAUCAACCGUACCUACCCUCAUUGGCAGAAGUAUGUUGAGUUGCGAAACACCAUUCUCAAGGGCAUUCCCACCAAUGCCCAAGUCACCAUCACGCUUCUGCGCAUUGGUGAGCGCAACAAGGCACCGCUCCCUCCUCCGCCAAAGUCCGAUGUACCGCCACCUGAUGAACCUCAUGCGACCGCUGGUCAGGAUCUGGAGCACCUCGGUGUCGAUCAAGCAGAUAUAGACGAAGCCAUCCAACCCGACGAAGCAGCACUAGCGCCAGCGGAGUCGGAAACGGCAGAGCACAAGCAGAAGAAGGGCCAUCGAAUCAUGAAUUUUAUCAAGAGCACCGCCAAGGGCGGUAUCAACACCACUCUCGCCGCGGACAAGGUAAAGGCUAAGGUCGGCGCUAAACACGCCAAGGACAGGCUGGGCGUCAUUAAGAAGACGCCCGAUCCUGAGAAGGGUCCCGUUCGAUUCCCGGCACGCUGGAAGGGUAAGAGGGGCCAUGCUUAUAUCACGACUACGGCUACGACCCCUGCGCUCAGCUGGACGACUGAGUCGGAUGAUCUGAGUCCGACGUGGACUGUCACCAUUGGUGAUAUCGAGCAAAUUCGUAAAAUGGGCGGUCUCGGCUGGAAGUCCAAGAUUUUUGUUGGCUGGGCUACCGAUCGUGAGAUUGCAGACGGCCUCAUCGCGACAGAUAGCAUCGGCAAGGAGUACCAUCUUACCGCCAUUAUUUCGAGAGAUGAACUCUUUAACCGUCUCGUGGCCUUGGGGUCACAGAUGUGGGAAGCAUGGUAA